AUGCAGGUAGGCCUGGAGAACGGGGUGCGGUACCCUCUUGCCGCGAGGCACCGCGGGAUAGACCCCUGGCUCUUCCUCGACCUCAGGGCGGCCAGGAAGUGGGUGCUGGACAACAGCGACGGCAUGGAGGUGCUCAAUCUGUUCAGCUACACUGGAGGGAUUGCUGCCGCGGCGGCGUGCGGGCGAGCCGCGAGCGUGUGGAACGUCCACUUCUCCGCUAGCGCCCACGAGGUUGGGAGGGCGAGCUUGAAGCUCAACGUGGGCUCGGCCGGAGAGUGCAAGUGCGAGUGGAUGAAGCGGGACGUCUUGCCGACUAUCAGACAGCUGGCUAGUACUCCGACAAAGGACUACCGAGCGGACAGGGGGGGGUACGCAAACCCCCACUCUCGAGGCGGCGGCCAGCGGGGGGGGCGAGGCAGCGGCGGGCGAUCCAACGGCUACGGGGACGAGAGGGGGGGUCGGUCUGGGGGCGAACAGGGGAGGGGGGGCGGAGAAGAGAAGGACUUGAAAGCCAAGCAGUCCGACUUGGUCUUCUUGGACCCCCCGACGUGGUCCAAAUCCAAGCACGGGGCAGUAGACCUUGUCAGGGACUAUCAGGCGCUGUUCAAGCCGUCGCUGCUAGCCACCAAGGAAGGGGGAGUCGUCCUUGCGACCAGCAACGUGUCGACGGUGGACUGCGCGGAGUGGGUGGAGAAUCUUUCGAACCGUAACAAUGCGAGACUGCCGCUGAGAUGA